AUGCGGACGACAGACACCGAAAACGAGCAGGAGCCAGAGCACGCCGUCUUUACGGGUGCGAGAAAUACUAGCUACAGUGCUGACAAUCCAGCUACUCAACCUCGGACUGAAACAACCGGAGAAGGCAGGGAAGCACAGGGCGAGUUUAGACAAGGAGCUGAGCUGUGGCUGGGUCUGGAGUUCUACCAGGAUCAAACUGCCGCCCGAGGUCAAGCUUCUGUUCAGUAUUACUCCCAUGUCGCUCAGGGCCAGAUGAAUACCAGCACCAACACCGGUUGGCAGCCAGCUUUCCCCGGAUAUGAUCCUACUGGCGAGCCUUUCCAAGCACACACACACGGUGCCCAAGUUUCUCUCAACGCGCCUCUAUUGAACACCCUUAUUAACCAGCCACCACUCAACCUGCCUCCCACUUUGCUGGGUAACACCGACUCUGCAUUGAGCGUGGAAACUCAGCCUACUAUCCUCCCCCGCCAGUGCAUUCAUUGUCUCAGGGUGUUCCCCAGCAACAACAAGCUCUUGCGGCAUAUCCGUAGCACGCAUUGGGGGUACAAAUACCGGUGCUGGUGCGGCUCGGAAAGCACGCGCAAGGACAACCACCUCCAGCACUGGGAAAGGCAUAGCAACCGCGGCGAGCGCUACUCUCCGGCCACGGCCCAGUCGUCCAUGAUGUGCGGAGUUUGCGGGGAAACGACCGUCGAUGCGGGUGAGCACCGCAUACACGUGCAGAGCUGCGGUGAUGGGGUGCCAGGGAGACCCUCGGGGAGCAAGAAUGCGGCUCAGUAG